UUUUUUUUUCUUUUUUCUAAAGAGCAGAAAAAUCGCCAUGAAGAAAGAAAAGGCAGACAUAUUGUAUGACUGUGCACUAUGGGUGUUCAAUAUUAUGCUUGAUAUUUUCUUUCGUGAAAUUCGACCCAGAGGCUCUCAUAAAGUGCCAUUGGAAGGACCACUGAUCUUUGUGGCUGCACCUCAUGCGAAUCAAUUUGUGGAUCCUUUGAUUGUAAUGAGAGAAUGUAAUCGUAGAGUGUCCUUUUUGAUUGCAGCCAAGUCCAUGAAGCAACGGUUUGUUGGCUUUCUUGCUGGCCUGUUCCACCCAAUCCCUGUCAUGCGUCCUCAAGAUCUCGCCGAGACAGGUAUUGGACGAAUUCAUCUAUUAAAUCCAAAGACAGAACCACUUCGGAUCACGGGUAUUGACACGAAAUUCACCAGCCAAUUGAGUGCGAUGGAUUCGAUUAUUUUACCGCGCAACGCAGCUAAAUUACUCGUAGUCCAAGUGGUGUCUGAUACCGAACUUUUGAUUCAGACCGCUGUCAAGGAUCGUAAGGCCCUUGAUUAUCUAAUGAAAUCGGGUGGUACAGCCUACAAGUGUUUACCUCAUAUUGAUCAGGACAACGUGUACGAAAAGGUCUAUUCGGAACUCAAUGACGGACGAUGCAUCACUAUCUUUCCUGAGGGAGGUAGUCAUGAUCGAGCCGAGAUGUUACCCUUUAAAGCCGGCGUCACCAUCAUGGCCUUGGGCGCCAUGGCGAAAUACCCAGGUUUGGAUGUCAAAAUCGUACCGUGUGGCUUAAAUUAUUUUCACGCUCAUCGAUUUCGAUCCAGGGCUGUUAUUGAAUUCGGCAACCCUAUCACCAUCUCGCAGGAGAUGGUGGAACAGUUCAAGAGGGGUGGACAAGAGAAGAGAGACGCUUGUGCUCGUUUACUGGAUACCAUCUUUUAUGCCUUGAAAAGUGUUACGGUGAAUGCCGCCAAUGAUCAAACCCUCAUGGUGAUCCAGGCCGCUCGUCGACUGUAUAAACCUGCCCAUCGAAAGUUACACAUUGCCCAGGUCGUGGAUUUAAAUCGUCGUUUUGUCAUUGGUUAUAAUCUGUACAAGGAUGAUCCAAGAGUCAUGGAAUUACAGCAAAAGGUAUUGGCUUAUAACCAAUUAUUAACCUAUCAUGGAUUAAGAGAUCAUCAAGUGCCUGAGAUUAAUUUAAGAGGUUGGAGAACCUUUGGUUUGUUAUGGUACCGUGUGGGUGUCUUGAUCGUCUGGGGUCUUUUAUCGUUUCCUGGAUCCAUUCUCAACCUCCCAAUUGCGAUUAUUGCCAAGGCCAUUAGUACGAAAAAAGCAAAGGAUGCAUUAGCUUCUUCGAGUGUAAAGAUUGCGGGAAGAGAUGUAUUGGCUACCUGGAAGUUUUUGGUGGGUCUUGUUCUGAUACCUUUGCUCUAUGGUUUGUAUACUCUGAUUGUACUUUGGAUCUGUAUCAAAUCCGAAUUAGGCUGGUUCCAACGUAUUUUAUUCCCCAUGUUGACCUGGACAUUUUUACCAUUUAUCAGCUAUGCAUCUAUGCGAUUUGCAGAGAAUGGCGUGGAUGUAUUCAAAUCGCUUCGACCUCUUUAUGUAGCCCUUGUAGAUCCAGACAGUACGGAAAACCUACGCCAAUUACGAGAAAAAUUAUCGCAAAAUAUCACAGAAGUGAUUAACGAGAUUGGGCCGCAAGUGUUUAGUGAUUUCGAUUCGAACAAUGUGUUUCGAUCAGAUUCGACAAGUCAGGAGAGUGUAUCAGAAUUGGCAGAAGGAGGUAGAACGUUUUCGCAAAUCGCGGGCGAAUUUUUGACAGGUACGGCCAAGGCCUUAUUGGACGAUAGCAAGAUCUUCAAUUGGACAAAACAGGAUGAAGAGUCGGACCCGGAUGAGGUGCUUUAUUUUUUGGAUAGGUCAGGUACCGCGAAUAAUUCGGCUGCUACUAGUGAUGCUGAAAGUGGGCCUGUCAUCAGUCCUGUGAAAAAGAGAAAUCAUAGUAAAUUAAGGGAAUAAUAAUCAUCAUUAAAAAAAAAAAAAAAAAUAGAAAUAGAC